AUGGAUCAGGAAAAGGGCAAGAAGGACAAGCCCAUCAUCGUCUCGAGCGACGAGGGUGCGACUCCCCCCCUCACCCCCCGAACCGCCGCGGCCGCCGGCCACCUUCGGCUUGCCCGCCUUCUCGCCGAAGGCCCCGAGGGCUGGAGGGCCGAUCUUGGUCCUCCCACCCUCGCCGAGUUCGGCCUGGCCCCUGCCCUUCCCCCGGCCCCGGCCCCGGUCUCUGCCCGCCCGCCCGCCUCCGCCCGCGCCAGCCCGGCGGCCUCGGCGGCCUCGACAACCUCCAGCUCGGCCAGCAGCUCGAUCGGGUCGGGGAGCUCGGCCUCUGUCGGCUCCUUCUUCGACGACGAGGACCCCCAAGGAAGGAUUCGGGCGCAGACAGGCAGCAAGAAGGACCACCGCCGCUGCAAGUUCAAGUACUACCAGCGCAGGCAAAGCCGGUCCAAGUACCGCAACGUAUACCGUUGCAAGGGCUAUCCCGGAAACUCCGACUGCAAGAACAUGCUCUACUGCUCUCGCGAAAGAAGAUGCCUACACAAGUCCAACUUCAAGGACAAGGACGGACGUAUCAACCUCAAGAACUGCGCAAGCUGCCGCGCCGAAACACGUACCGCCAAGAUCGAGGACAAGGGCGAGCGAGAAGCCAAGAGACGCCAGCUGGCCUCCGAAUUCAAGGCCGUUCCAUUCAAACGCGGUUCCGGUGCUGGUCGUAACGCCAAAGGCAAGAAGCGUCGCCUCGGCAAGAAGAACUACUCUGCCCGCAAGGGUAAGGCCACUGUCAAGUCCGGCCGCGGGGCUACUGCAGGCGAGACUGAGUCCGAUGUCGAGUCGGAGGAGGAAUUCCUGGGCCACGUGGACCUACCUGACGAGCGUCCUGGCUUGAGAAAGCGUCGCCGCAAGGAUGAGUCUGACGAUGACGACGACAACUACGGCGCCAACGGAAAGGGCGGCUUUUCGGGAGUUGGUGGAGGCAACGGUGCGAUCCCUGUGAUUGCCCAUUGA